AUGGAGCGCAUCUGGAGCCCACCAACUACCAUCUUAAGACUACCCGAUGAGUUAUUGGCCCCUCUGCUGCAAGAAUCUGUGCACGUCGAACACGACACUUGGCGAGACGACCAUUCAAAGCCUUUCUUGAAAUCCUGCAAUGCUACUACGGCGAGAGCGCUGAUCUCAACUUGCCGACGUUUUCACCGUCUUGUCACUCCGCUUCUCUACGCCAACAUUCAGAUUCAGUGCAACGGCGUGCAUACAUGGAAACUUGCAACCGCUCACCGUACCAGGCUUCUCCAUCGCACGUUCCGAACAAACACGUCUUUGUGGCCGCACUGCCGCAGACUAGAGAUUGAGUUUGGUGCAUCAUGUUACGGCGGAGGACCAUUUGAUCGAGAAUCACCAGUCCAAAAUCUCAUGUAUAUUGCUUGCGACUGCCUCAAUUGGCUCACCAAUAUCAUCGAGCUACGCAUCAAUUGCUGGGCACAGUCUUUAGUACACGAGGGCCAGUUUCAAGCUCUCUUGUUUCCCACAAGGGAUGACCUUCUUUAUUUGAUGAGAUCCGCGAUGGACAAUUUGCCCCAUCUGCGACAUUUGGGGCUCCAUACCUAUCAGGAAGCAAUGAUAGAUCUACCGACUGUUCAUACCGGGCUUAGUAGGCUCAAGCCUGACGCAUUUCUCCGGACCCUCGACCUGAGUGGUAUCACUCAUAUUGGGACAAAUGACGACUGGGAAUUAUUACGUGCUCAAGCAGGUACCUCGCCUAUCAGUGUAUUGAAGCUGAGACACUUCACCCAAGGGCUGCAAGCCCUCGAAGCACUUGUACUGUGGCCAGCCAAACUGACAUCAUUUGACUUUUCAAUGCCAUUGUCUGACCACUAUUCUGGAGAAGACCCCUUAACGCCGUACAACCUUGGAGUAAUGCAGCGAGUCUUAUCACACCAGAAAAGGUUCCUUUCCUGCAUUAGGUUACAAGAGCUUUUAGAUGAGGGUCUCUAUGACUUUGGUGUCAUAGACUUCCACAGUUUGAAGACCCUUUCGCUUGGCCAUGGUACGACAGGGACCGACUCUUCUUCUAUCGCUAAUCUUGUCGCACCCAAUUGUGAGGUAUUCUGCUGGGACAUGGUACUUGAAGAUCAACAACACGGUGAGUGUCUUGGUCAUUUCCGUCAGCCAGAGGAAGAUUGGCUCAGAGCAUUUGCGCAUGUCGCUAUCGCCCGGAAGUCGGCUCUUCGUCACAUGAAGAUACUCUAUUACCCUGAUGAUGGUGCCUACAACGUUGAUGAUGAAGCCUUGAAGAUUCUUGAGUAUCCCUGGGAUCGGAUGGAUAGACUCGCGCAGGAGAUUCAGCCUUAUGGGAUUCAUCUGUCCUAUAACACUCCAACAACGACCAGGGAAGAAUUCGAAGAAAUGGUUAGUGGCCCUUGA